ACUCUUAAGUUGACUAUCUUGGUUGUUUGCCUGUAUCUUCCUGAACAUAAUUAUAGCCACUGCAUAAAUACCACCAGAGUUUUCCCUCUUGUUUUCGAUUCAACAAUUUACCAAACAUCUUUUCUAUCCAUUAGUCGACCACCAAAAAAACCCAAUUCAAACUAUUUAACACAGACCUGUUCGGUAAACACAGUGACUUACCAUGUCUCCACCGAUCAACGCCUCAUAUCCAACUCUAUCCACACUCUCAGCCUUGCCCUCCCAUUCACCAGCAACCUUUACUCCAAUCCAAACUACCGCAGACUCGACUUCAUUCCCAAUCCCUACCCUCCAACAAAACACUGACAUCGAACUCCACAGCACCAUAAUCUUCGGCAUCCUCGGAACUUGCAUUGGUGCCCUCACUCUUUUGGUAGCUGGCAUCACUCUUCUCUUGAAAUUUCGACCAUGGAAGUAUCGUAACCAUGCAAAUGUCACUAUACAAGAUGUGAUCCAGGGCAAUGAAGCUUCUAUGGCGGAAGACAUCGAGAUGCAGAUACACCAACCGGACAAUUCAUCAGUCGGCGAAGGAGUGAGUAGGGAAUCGACACUGAGGAACGGUUCCGAUAUUAAGGAACUUGGUGAGAGAGGUAACUCUGCGAAGAGCUAG